GACGCCGAUGUCGACGACGACGACGACGAAUACACCUGGGGGCCCUCGCACCCGUGCUUCCCGCACGUGAACCCGCACGUGCCGGUCACGUCGCCGCUGUACAGCACGACGCGGGUGAUACGGGUGAAGCGCGACUGGAUGGUGGCGGGGGACCUGGCGCCGGCAUUCCAGAACCUGUACCCGGAGGUGCUGGACCCGCUGGUGACCGAGGACGCGUUCCGCGACAUUGUCAAGAAGAUCAACCGCGAGCUGGUGGCGGCGUUUAGCCCGUGGACGCUGCGGGCGUGGGCGGAUGCCGUCGUGGGCGCGGCGACGCUCUGGAUGUGGGAGGACGCGGGCUUUACGGGCGUGAAAGCGCGGUUGCGCGCGCUCGAGGACUGGAUUGAGGACUGGAACCGCGAGGUUGGCACGAGGGAUGGCGUGCGUAUCAUUCCGUUGAGGAGGACGGGAUAUCUCACUCUCGACAUACAAAUCCCAGACCCGCACAUUGGC